GGUGACACAUUUGUUUAUAGUUUGUUGAUGCGCUUGAUUUUUUUCUCUAGAUAAGAGUUGAUAUUGCUGAAUUUAAGCCUACUUAAUUUGUAUCUUGUUCUCUGAAUUUGUUUAAACAACUUAUAUCAUGGGGAUAUUCCCUGUAUGGAUGUUGUUCAUUAUGUGUUUCAUAUGUUCUUCAUUCCAGUUCAAUCCUGUAGAUAAUUAUCUGAUAGAUUGUGGUUCCUCUAAGAAUACCUCCGUAGGGACUCGAGUUUUCAUGGCUGAUAACUCCAGUCCUAUCACUCUGAUGAGCCCUCAAACCAUCUUUGUUAAUACAACCUCAAAGCCUAAUACAGCUACCACUGAUUCAGCUGUGUAUCCAAGUGCUGUAGUUUUCGGGGGAACCUCCAACUACACCUUUCCAAUCAAGAAACAAGGGGGGCAUUGGAUUCGCCUAUACUUUUAUCCUCUAAAUCAUGAAUCACGCAAUCUAAGCACAGCUAGAUUCUCGGUGAGUGCUCAGAGUUUUACCCUACUUAAAGAUUUUCGACCACCAAGUGUCCCCGUAGUCAAGGAGUAUGUGUUGAACAUAACUUCUAACAGCCUUGUUCUUAACUUCAUUCCUUAUAAGGAUUCAUUUGCGUUCGUGAAUGCUUUAGAAGUGAUUUCAAUCCCAGAUGAGCUUAUUCCUAAUAGCGCCAAAACGUUUAGUCCUUCUGGAGAACAAGAUAAUUUGUGGAAACAUGCCUUAGAGAAAGUUGCUAGGGUGAAUAUGGGGAAUCGGGUGGUGAACCCUGAAAACGACUCGUUGUGGAGACACUGGGAUUCUGAUUUUAGCUUUUUAAAACAUGGAAAUCUUGUCAAGUUCGUAGAGAAUGUUAGAGCUGUAAAUUAUACGGGAUUUUCUACCAAUGAUAUCGCUCCACCCUCUGUCUAUGGCACUGCAACACAGUUGGACACGGAAUCUGAUCCAAACACUCGUACCAACAUGACCUGGUUGUUUGAAGUUGAUCCUGGUUUUAAUUAUUUUGUUCGAUUUCACUUCUGUGAUAUAGUCAGCCCUCAGCCAAAUCAGAUGUUCUUUAAUGUCUAUAUUAACUCGUUGUCAGUUGUUAGAGAUUUUGAUCUUAGUAAACAAACUUCAAACAUUCUUCGUUCCCCCUGCUACAUUGAUUUCAUCGCAAGAUCAAGUAAUAGUCGUAAUCUGAACAUUACUAUUGGACCUUCUGAGGCAUACAAUGCUUACCCGAAUGGCAUUCUCAAUGGGCUGGAGAUCAUGAAAAUCAGUGAUUCAAAAGGAAGUCUUGAUUUUGGUGACACCAUAGUACAAUCCUCAACUUCCAAACUCAAAAGUUGGACAAUAAUAGGGUCUAUUGUUGUGGUGAUAUUUGUUGCUUUGGUUUUGGCAUUAGUUCUCUUUAUAAUCUGGAGAAGAAGAAAACUUGCUCAUGCGAAUCACGCGGUCCAGGAUCAAUUUGGAAACAAGGGGCGUAAAUCUACCGAUGGGAUUGCCACCAUUUCCAGCUCAAAAAUUGGUUAUAGCUUUCCUUUGGCUGUAAUUAAAGAGGCUACUAAAAAUUUCAAUGAUGGUCUAAUUAUAGGUGUUGGUGGCUUUGGGAAAGUUUACAUGGGGGUUUUAAGAGAUGAGACUAAGGUUGCUGUGAAGAGAGGCGUUCCACAUUCUCAACAAGGAUUUUCAGAAUUUGAGACAGAGAUUGAGAUGCUGUCACAAUUUCGCCACCGUCAUCUGGUAUCUUUGAUAGGAUACUGUGAUGAACAAAAUGAGAUGAUCAUUGUUUACGAGUACAUGGAUAACGGGACACUCAAGAAUCAUCUGUAUGGCUCUGAUCUUCCUAAACUGAACUGGAGACAGAGGCUCGAGAUUUGCAUAGGUUCAGCCAAAGGACUACACUAUCUUCACACAGGUUCCACAAAAGCAAUCAUCCAUCGCGAUGUCAAGUCUGCAAAUAUACUACUUGAUGAGAAUCUCAUGGCCAAAGUUGCUGAUUUUGGGCUUUCAAAGAAUGGCCCUGAGAUAGAUCAUACUCAUGUCAGUACUGCAGUGAAAGGAAGUUUUGGCUACCUUGAUCCAGAGUAUUUGAUACGACAGCAACUCACCGAGAAAUCAGAUGUAUACUCCUUUGGUGUUGUUAUGCUUGAAAUCCUUUCAGGGAGGCCUGUUAUUGAUCCAUCACAGCCAAGGGAAACAGUGAAUUUAGUUGAAUGGGCAAUCAAGGGGCUGUCACCAGGGGAGCUUGAAAAGCUAGUAGAUCCUUUUCUCGCGCAGGAGAUAAAACCCGAGUCUCUGAAAACCUUUGGAGAGAUAGCCGAGAAAUGUUUGGCUGAGCGUGGCGUUGAUCGACCUACAAUGGGAGAAAUAUUAUGGAAAUUGGAAUGUGCAUUACAACUUGAAGGGAUUUGUGUAAGACCCAGGCUAAACACUCAGCCUUCAAACAGUCACUUUGAAGACAGUGUUUUGUCUACACAAUAUAGUGUUGGAAGUGACAUUGAUGGUGUAUCAAUGAGUAAGGUUUUCUCUAAUAUGGUGAGAACUGACAUGAGGUAGCCUGCUUACAAUAGAGACACUUGCUGUAUUUUUCUGUCCCUGGUUAUAUAGAAAGAUGCUUUGUAAUGCAGAUACAUGGCAGGAUUGCCUAAACAUACAUGUAAUUUACAGUAUAUUGACAAAUAAAAUUAUGUUUUAAAGAGUA